AUGUCUACACAGAAAGAAUUACCGAUAGCAGAAUUCUGCUGCGAAAUGCCUAAAGUUGAACUCCAUGCACAUAUAAAUGGAUCAAUAAGUGAAGCAACAAUGAAGAAAUUAUUGAAAAAGAAAAAUCGUGAGGGAGAUAAACUGUCAUUUCAGAAAGACCAAAUUGCAACUUUGGAGGACUGUUUUCAUAUGUUCAAAUUGAUACACCAAGUGUCUGAUAAUACAGAAGCAGCUUAUACAAUAACUUAUGAUGUCAUUCAUGAAUUUGCAGCAGAAAAUGUUAAAUAUCUCGAACUAAGAAGUACACCAAGAGAGGUUAUAGCAACAGGCAUGACAAAGAAGGGGUAUGUCGAGGCUGUGAUUAAAGCUAUACAAGACUGUAAUGACCUCGACAUAAUUGUGAAGUUUAUAUUGGCUGUGGAUAGGAGGAAUGGUGUAGCUAUAGCUAAAGAAACAGUGGAAUUAGCCUCUAAAUAUAAAACUUUAAGUAAUGGAAUUGUUAUCGGAGUGGAUUUAAGUGGUGAUCCUACCAUAGGCGACGCAAGAGACUAUAUUCCAGUAUUAGAGCAGGCUAAACAAGCAGGAUUAAAACUAGCACUCCAUUUAGCAGAGGUUCCAAACAUUGAAGAGACACUGGACAUGCUAAAAUUACCACCAAAUAGAAUAGGUCAUGGUACAUGUUUACUACCAGAAGUUGGUGGAUCAAAUGAAUUGGUGGACUAUGUGUAUACACAUAAAAUACCUCUAGAACUGUGUCUAACAUCUAAUGUUAUUGGCCAAACUGUUCCCAACUUUGACAACCACCAUUUUCUAAACUGGUACCAGAGGAAUCAUCCCUGUGUGAUUUGUACAGAUGAUAAAGGUGUUUUUAACACUACUCUGUCAGAGGAAUAUCAGAUAGCAGCUAAAACAUUUGAUCUUAGCAUAGAUGAAAUUUGGAAACUUUCCUUUGAAAGCAUUGAACAUAUUUUUGCUGAUGAGGACAUAAAGAAACAGUUGAGACAGAAUUUUUUACAAUUUAGACAAUUAUAACAUGUAUAACUUUACCUUCUAAGUCAUGUUAAAGUGUUUUAAAUAUGCUAAAAUGUUGUAAACAGAAUUAUUUACUACCAGAAGCUGAGUAUAAUGUGUAGACAGAUCAAAGUAUAUACAUUACUCAAAUAAAUGAAUAACACAUCUUU